AUGUCGUGGGCAGCACUCGUGAAGAGUAUAAAGCCGGAGGAGGCGACCAACUUCACGGCGAAGCCACGAGUCACCGUGUUCGCCGUCGACCCAUCGCAGAAUGAUGCGGAGAGGCAGCUGCAGAACCCGCAGCACGAGACGGCAGAGGUGAGGCUGCCGUCGUUCUCCAAAGGUCUUCUCAUCUUAGAUGCCAACGCCAUCAUCAAGGGCAUGGACAACUUUGUCUCCACCGCCGAUGCGCUGGUGACGACGCCGCAGGUGAUUGUCGAGAUCAAGGAUCGUGCAUCGCGGGAGCUGUUGGAGCGGCUACCGCACAAAGUGACGGUGCUUGACCCCACCCCGGAGGCAGUCGCCGCCGUGGUUGCCUGUGCGGAGCGCACCGGUGACUUUGGUGCUAUGUCCCGCACCGACAUCCGCCUCUGCGCCCUCGCGCUCGACUGUUGUAAGGUUGGUGGGUUUCUCGGCGAGCCGAUCGAGCCGCGUCCUCCGCAAGUGAACCCGGGAAACGCCGACAAGGUUCAGGUGAUGACGGAGGAGAUGGGCGAGGAUGACUCGGAUGACGAGAGGGAGAAGUCGGAACCAGCACAGGCACAGAGUGCCUCGUCGGGUUCAAUGCCGGGGUGGGGUGACUGGAGCAAUGAGGCGAAGGGGACGGAUGGCGAGGGCGGCGCAGGUGAUGCAGAUGAGGACGAUGGCGAGGGGGAGUGGAUCACGCCGGAGAACAUCCAAGAUGUGCAAAGCGGAACUCGCCGCACCGGGCGUGCCUUUGAGGCUGGCAUGGCCUGUGUGACCUCUGACUACGCCAUGCAAAACACGCUCAUGCACCUCGGCGUCCCAAUCGUGGGCACGAACGGCAUUCACAUUCGCGAGCUUCGCCUGUGGAUGAUGCGCUGCACAGCGUGCUUCACCCUCGUCGGCGAUACAACCCGUCAGUUCUGCCCUGAAUGCGGCUCCGGUGACACUCUGCGGCGCGUUAACUACGUGGUGAAUGACCAAGGGGAGAAGAAGCUCUACAUUAACUUUCGAAAGCGCAUCAGCACGCGUGGCACCAUCUACAACCUGCCAAAGCCGCGUGGCGGCAUGCGUGGCACGAACCGCAACCUUGUGCUCCGCGAGGAUCAGCUGGCGCACGUGAUCCGCGGCACGACAAGUAGCAAGGUGAAGGCGCAUCAAGUCAUGCAGAAUGACGACGGCGCCCUCGCCACCUUUGGCGAAGCACCGAAGCUGAAGAAGAAGAACUUGGCCGACCCACGUGCGUACUCGUCCUAUCACAAGUACAACGUCAACGAGAAAAAGAAGGUGCGCGCUGCUCACCGCAAGUGA